AAAACCGACCUAAAUAAAAUGUAGCCACCUCGUCAAAAUCAGGUAGCUUCAUAUUUCUUGCACGUAAAGUUUACUCUAGUCCUCCUCGCCGAUCUUGUCUUUUUCGAUUUUUGAUUUUUUUUUUUACUAUCGAAACCCUAAAGCCUCGAAGGUUCUCUCGCCGGAGAAAAAAUUAUGCAGGGUUUGGCGGCGACCACCACUAACCGUGGCUCUCUCACCUUCCUCGCUCCCAGGAACCAUAGUCCAAUUUCAAAGAAACUUGUGAAUCCAAGAGUGUUCUUCCCUAACGUUGAUUCAUCCGCAAACUUAAGAUUGUCAGCUAGCUCAAUUUCCCAGAGAUGUCCUCGAGAGAUUGCUCCUCUUACAGCGACUGCAUCUGUGGACUUUGCAGCAGGAUCAUCACCUAACCAGCUCUUUCCUCAUGGAUUGCCAUCAUUAGCUCCUGGUUUGAGAAGAAACCGGAGACCGAUAGAGCCUGCAAGAGUGGCUAAAGAUGAUUUCUUUAAAAUCAAACUGCCUAAAAUCGCAGAGAGACCUGAAUGGUGGUGGAGGACAUUGGCUUGUGUUCCUUAUUUGAUAUCCCUCCAGAUAUCUGAUGUUGGGUUCUAUGUCCAACCGUUUCUAGAAAAGCACGAUGCGAUUGGAGACAUGAUAUAUUUCAUCCCGGGAGCGAUAAACAGAUGGCCGACCUGGUUCUUCAUGGUCUACUGCUACUUGGGUUAUAUGUGGGUGGUGAAGAACAAAGAGCUGCCUCAUUACUUGAGGUUUCACAUGAUGAUGGGUAUGCUUCUUGAAACAGCUCUUCAGGUCAUAUGGUGCACGAGCAAUUUCUUCCCGCUGAUUCAUUUCAAAGGACGGUUUGGGAUGUAUUAUUGGAUGGCCAUCGGAUUCACCUACAUAUGUCUGCUUCUCGAAUGCAUACGGUGCGCUCUUGCUGGAGUCUAUGCUCAGAUUCCUUUCAUGACUGAUGCUGCUUCCAUUCACACCCUCUUCAACUUGGGAGGCUUUCAGAGACCACUUAGGUGAAAAGCAAAACAGGUCCUUUACAUACUUGAGAUAGGAAUGUCUUAUAUAGUCUCCUUCUUUGGAGGAGGUUUUUGGUUGUCUUAUCGAGUCUGCUCUUAUGUGAAUUCAGUCUUUUAGCUUAGUGUCAGUGUCUCAUCUCAUGUGUGUUACAGAACUCUCUACAAGAGUAGCUUAUAUCAAUGAUUUUAAAGCCGAAUAA